AUGAUUCGAGAAUUUCCAACAUCUGUUUCUCAAGAACUAGAAGCCAAUACAAACAAAUCACCUUCAAACGAUGAUUGGGUAUCAAAACUCAAAGCAGCGUUUCAUGAUGUUGAUAAAAGCAAUACUGGAAGAAUUACAAAAGAUCAGUUCAUUAACUCACGUUUAAAUAACUUAGUUGCUGAUGUACCUCAAAAUUCCCAAGAAAUGGAACAAAUAUUUGAUCAAAUUAAUACAUCAAUCGACUCAAGAAUCACAUGGAAUCAAUUAUUAGAUUAUCUUAUGACUCAAAAUCAAAAUUCGAAUUCUUUUAAAGUAGGCAAAGAGAUAUCAAUUGAUUUUGUUGCCCCACCACUUUCAUAUUCAUCACAAUUCAUCAGAUGUCCAAAAAUCAUACGAGCAUUAUACAUUUCAUCAAUGGAUCUACUUGUAUCUCUUACAGAAAAAUUCAUGUCCUUAUGGAAUCCAAAGAAUUGUCAACAAGUUUACGAAUUACCAAACGAUUCUGAAGGAACUUUCACCGAUGUAUGCUAUAUCCAACCAAGCCAGCGUCUUGCAAUAUCAUUAUCUAAUAGAAAUAUUAUCUUUUUUGAUCCGAAAUCUCUACAAAAAAUUAAAGAAAGUAUCUCAGCGACGAUCGACUCAAAAAAAUGA